AUGAAUGUUUCUCAGUCCAUCUUCACGGCGCCGGAUAGCUUCAAUAGUAAACAAAGCCGGGAAUCCACUUCCCCAACGCUCGGCAAGCGGUUAAGAAAUUCAAGUACUCCUAGGCCCAGUACUCACACUGGGCUCCGGGACAGCACUUCUGAGCACGCAGGCGCCACUCAAACCACCUCGGAAUCUAUCAAGUCAGCCCACAGCGCGCCAUGGAACUCGAAUCACCGCAGUGACCUUUGCAGUGACCCGUUAUUUGCUUCGGCAAGCAAAAAGCGUGCUUCGUCUCGGGUAUCGCCACAUCUUUCCACCGCAGGUGGGCCGCCCCCUUCAAAGAAACAAGAUAUUCGGCAUCGAUCUCGACUCGACCUCCAUUCUGUCGGUCUUGGACGCCACCCCUCUGACGACAGUUUCGCUCCAGCGCCUCUCUUCCUUCAAAAUCAGCCCCAACAGCGGCCGAACUUGCCUUACCGCCUUUCGAGUUCCGAGGCAGGCGCAAGGAUGUUGAGCAAGGCAAGCAAAGAGGACACAGGAGGAGUAAGAACCUUGAAGUUGGCGCGGGGUUCUGUGAGUCUGGGUAGUCCAGCUCGACCCUUGGCUCCUCGUACACCGAGUGGCAGUGGUCGCAGCUACUUAGGCACCUCAAGUAAAUCAGCAAAGUCCCCUGACAGUGGAGGAAAGCAUAGUGCAGUCCAAAUACUCAACCAAGUGGGCGUGAUUGAGUUACUGGAGCAGGAUGAGCGUCCGACAUUCAUCCUGAAUCUGGGUGAGCAAUCAAAUUAUGAACCUGGACCACUCAAGAUCGUUUUCGCCAACGCUUCACUGAGGGCCUCUCCCCUAGCCUUAGAGAUGAUCUCCGGCAGAGCGGGUCAGGUAUCACCCGGCCUUACUGCAACAACCGCUUUUUCGGACUUUAAAGCUUGGUCUAUGAGCUAUGUGAAAGACCACGAGUCUCUUGAUGUUGCUCUUCCUUCGUUCUUUUACGCAGGAGCCACUUGGACCAGUUGCUCACUCAGAAAACGAUUUCGAGUGAUUAAGAGCAACCCAGAUUCCGCCGAGGCCGGGCUCGUCUCGAGUCCGCCAUCUAUUGGAUUCCCAGCCAAUUCGUCUUUGGGCAAAGAAGGCGAAGUUUUCGUUGUUACUCCCAUUGAUAGGGUUCAAGAGGUCGAGGAAGAACCGCAAGAUUACUUUGGCAACGCCCGCGUCUCUGUGUCGGUGGACGAUCAUCGCAGCAGCACGGGGAUUCGUCGAAGUGGUCCGUCAGGACAGAAGAGCGAGCCCGGCCGACGCCAACAACAGAACCAAAAAGCUGACAUGCGUAGCGGACGACACGAUCUCCCAAUAAGAUCAACUUCAAAACCAGACUCAGUAACAAGCUCACCUCAGAUCUCACGUAACAGCGAAGCUAUCUUGCGAGCUGCCUGUGCUGGAGAUCUCGACUACUUUGUCCACCCGCAAAAUGAGCCAGGUUUCUUUGAUUGGACUCGACUACCCAACUCGCCGGCUCUACCUCGUCAUAUCCAGUUCACAAGGAGUAUUGACUGGGCAUCAACGCCACUGGGCCCAAUCGAGGAGUGGGCACCAGAACUUCGUAGCAUGUGCAACCUUAUCAUGGCGAGCCCGCAUCCUGCCGCUAUGUACUGGGGUCCCGACUUGAUUGCAAUCUACAACGAAGCCUAUAUAUUGCUGGCGGGACAGAAGCAUCCCAAACUAAUGGGCCAGAGCUAUCGUGAUGCAUGGCCGGAAAUUUGGGACUCCGUAGAAGGGGUCUUUCAAAACGCCAUUACAACAGGGCAAGCGACAAUGAAGGACGACGAUUGCCUUUUUAUCCAAAGGGCCUUUGAACAGGGGCACUUGGAAGAAACUUACUUUUCUUGGUCGAUAAUACCUCUUGUCGGGUCUGACGGGUCUGUCGUUGGUCUGUACAAUCCGGCGUUCGAAAAAACCCGGCGGAAAGUUGCAGAGCGACGCAUGUUGACCCUUCGAGAAAUAGGGGAAAAGACUACCUCGGCGCGGGAUCUGAAGAGCUUCUGGCAACAAUGUCUGAGGGGAUUGGAAUACAACGAGCAUGAUUCUCCAUUCGUACUUUUGUACUCAAUUACGGAUGACCCUGACAGCGACUCGUCAUCGAUGCAUUCCAAGAGCAGUGUGGGAAUCAAGCAAUGCGUACUCGAGGGCUCCCUCGGAAUACCCAAUGGCCAUCCCGCGGCAACGCCGGUUAUCGAUCUUAGAAAUGGGAGCGAAUAUUUCGCGAGGGUCUUCCGCGAAGCCACCAAAGGCGACCGACCAAUAUUCUUGUCGGUUGAGGAUGGCACGCUUGAUGCAGAAUAUCUUGAAGGUAUCGAAUGGCGAGGGUUUGGUGACCCAUGUACAGCCGCUGUGUGCUGUCCCGUCCAUUUGACCGGCGGCGAGUCGACGAUGGGUUUCCUGGUCAUGGGCGUUAAUCCUCGGAGACCCUAUGAUGAUGACUAUAGUCUUUAUGUGCAGCUUCUGAGUCGGCAAUUGGCCACAGCCAUGGCUUCUGUUGUUCUUUUUGAAGAGGAGAUUGCUAGAGGCAGGCGAGCUGCGCGACUCGCAGCUCAGGAUCGGAUUGAGCUGUCGGAGCAAUUAGCGGCACGAACCCAAGAGGCGGUGGAGAGCGAGACCAAAUUUACCCGCAUGGCCGAACUUGCUCCUGUCGGGAUCUUCAUUGCGGAUUCCAAGGGAAAGAUUGCAUAUUGUAAUGAGAAGUGGUACGAGAUAUCGGGAGUACCGAAAGACCUCGAUGGCACUGACGAAUGGAUGUAUUCUGUCAAAGAUGAGGACAAGGAAACUUUAAGGAAGCUGUGGUCAGACCUCGUUCACAAUGCGGUCCCGCUGAAUGCUGAGAUUCGCUUCAAAACAACGUGGAUUGACCAAAACGGUAACAAAGGUGAUACAUGGGCACUGGCCAGCGCUUUCCCAGAAAGAGGCGCAGACGGUAGAGUCAAGGUCAUUUUUGGUAGCAUUACAGACAUCAGCCAGCAGAAGUGGGCAGAACAUUUUGAGAAGAGGAGAAUGGAAGAAGCAGUUGAGAUGAAACGACAACAGGAGAAUUUUAUUGAUAUCACGAGCCACGAAAUGCGAAAUCCUUUAAGCGCUAUUCUGCAGUGCGCAGACGAGAUCACGACGUCGAUGACAGAUCUUCAAGGGAGUAACCUUUCGCAAGGGGCGGUUGGGGAGUUGGUGCAAAACGCAAUUGAUGCGUCCGGAAUUAUUGCUCUUUGUGCACAACACCAAAAGCGAAUUGUUGAUGAUAUUCUAACUUUGUCGAAACUGGACUCUGCGCUGCUGUUGGUAACACCAUGCGAUGUUAUGCCCAAAACUGUGGUUCAGCGAGCGCUGAAGAUGUUCGAUGGUGAGGUGCACACGGCAGAUAUCAAGCUAAAUUUCAAGAUUGAUGAGUCCAUCGAGAAGUUUGGCAUAGAGUGGGUGAAAUUGGAUCCAUCACGGCUGCUACAGGUCCUCAUUAAUCUUACGACGAACGCAAUCAAAUUUACCACAACCCAGGAGAAACGUAUCAUCAAUGUGACCCUUGCAGCAUCUCUAGAGCGGCCUUCAAAAGACGGCAGCAUAGUCUCAUACUUUCCACCAAGGUCGAAGAAAAAGGACGUUACCAAAAGCCCAGAUUGGGGCACAGGCGAAAAAGUCUACCUGCAUUUCGCCGUUCAAGACACUGGUCGUGGCCUUACUGACGACGAAAAGAAGCUUCUAUUCAUUCGUUUCUCUCAAGCGAGCCCUAGGACGCACGUACAGUAUGGCGGAUCAGGCCUCGGUUUGUUCAUCUCACGCGAGCUUGUAGAAUUGCAAGGGGGUGAAAUUGGUGUAGCGUCCAGGGCAGGAGAGGGAAGCACUUUUGCUUUCUACAUCAAGGCUCGAAGAUCUACAGCUCCCAAAGAUGACGUGGACCAAUUCCCUGGCGCAGGCGCGCCUAAGCCGUCCACAGUUAAACCUGUAAUGCCCACGUCUCUCAACGGCGUCGCUCAAUCUUCGCAGACCUCGCAAACCUCUCUAUCGCAAAAGCUUGUCCCUAAAGGUACCCUCAAAAUACUCAUCGUUGAAGACAAUCUCGUCAAUCAAAAAGUAUUGAGCAAACAGCUCCGUAACAUGGGCUGCAUUGUGCACGUGGCCAACCACGGCGGCGAAUGCCUCGAACGCCUGAAAGAGUCCACCUUUUGGAAAGGGAAUGAGCGCGACGGACUGGAAAUUAACGUUAUACUGAUGGAUCAGGAAAUGCCAGUUAUGGAUGGUUUGACGUGUACGAAAGAAAUUCGUAAGCUGGAGGAGAAAGGGGAUGUAGUCGGCCAUGUGCCGAUCAUUGCUGUGACUGCCAAUGCGCGCAGCGAGCAGAUUGAUGCGGCUAUGGAUGUUGGCAUGGACGAUGUCGUUUCCAAACCAUUUCGCAUCGUGGAUCUCAUCCCCAAGGUGGAAGGGUUGACGGAGAAAUACCUUUAUCCAAUCAAGGGCGCCACUCGCUCGUAG